CAAUACUGACUGGCACUUCAAUUAAAAAAAAAAACUGUUUUGAAUGGUAGAAGUAUAAAAUACCUUUUUACUUAUUUUAACAAUAGUCAAAUGUAGAACAUGACUUAACUUAUCUGCAAAAGUACCUUUAAAAAAAACAAAAUUGUAUUAAGGGGCUCUAUUUCUCUUUCCAAUGCUCGGAGUUUUUCGGGCUUCUUCGGGAAAUUACGUCAACUUUCCCUGCGUCACGAUGACACAACAAAGCUUAUGGGCGGUCAGAAAGCGUAUGGAACCAAUCAGAAUUUACCGUGGCGUCAUCGUGUCUACAAGAGUAGACGUCUCAACAAAGAGUCAUUCUCGCGUAGAACAAGACAAGAAACAAACGACAACAUGGAGCAAGCCUGAUAGAGAACUUAGGGGAAAAAUGGCACACAUUCGCCAGAAAAUGAAGCGACAGUUUAGUAGUGACAUUCAUCUGUCUUUGACGCGAAGCCUGUGGGUCUUCGACGAAGAAUACCAGAAUACGUGAUAAGAGUUGUUGAUGUCAUAAUCGUUCUUAUCGUCACACCAGCGAGGAAAAUGGCUACGCUAGCCACUCCACCGAGGACAACAACAACGACAACCACCACCAUGGAGAGCUUCGGCUGCAGGGGAAUGGCGAUUCUGCCUUGGACCAAGCAGUUGUUGACCGUGUUGUGGGAACAGCUGUGGCUGCUGGUUCAGGUCAUCUAUUGCUCUUUCCUGUCAGUCUUCCAGAUGUUUCGGUUUGAGGUCCAUCUCCGAAUAACAGACGAGAUGGGUCAGCACAUUCAGCACAGCCCCGGCGAGUCCUUCCUAUUCUCCUCGCUGUUUGACGGUGACGCCGACGAGGACGGCAAGACCACGGCCGAGACGCUCCUGUCCAGCCUGGCCACGGACGACCUCUGCUGCGGCCUGGCGUCCGACGAGGGUGUCUACGUGGGCUUCCGCAGCGACUGGAACAUAUUUGUGUCCGGCGGUACGGCUUCCAACGAGGACAAGUUCUUCCCGGGUGCUUUUCCCAAGGAGGGCGUCUUCCACCAGGACACGUCGGAGGACGAGGGCGGUGAGGACGACAUUGGGGACAGCAAAGAGAGCGAGGCACCGUGGGAGUCUUUGUCUACGGGUAACAACCACUACGAGCCCCUAUUCGUCUCCGCGUGCCUGUCCUCAAACGUGACAAAAAGCUUGGACGAGCCGGGAGAUGACGCGUCUGGAGGAAAAGCCGGCGAGGAGAUGUCAGGCCUGAAGAUGUGGGUCAGCCGCUCUGACAGUGACAGCAGCUGGUCCAGCUGGUCAAGCUCCGACGUGUCGGGCGGCGACCUGGAGGAGAGCGAGAGGCUGCUGGAGUUCUUUGCCAGUCCUGAUGACCCUUACAACCCCAUGUGCUUCACCGCAUGCACCAUCAGCAAAGCCCUGCCGCCGCCCGUCUCAGCGUCCUCACCCGCAUCGAAGCCCGACAGCGAGGAAGGCGAGGGCAGCCCCGCCUCAUCCGAGGAUGAAGAAGAGCUAGGGAAGGCCCUCAACCGGAAAGACGACCCCUACCACCCUCUCAACUUUCAGGCCCCUCUGAGCAAACACAAGCCUGCAAACAGCACGCAGGCUCCGGGUGCUACGCCCAUCAUGACCCGUAACCACAGAAAGGUUCACCCAGGGGGGCGUGUCAGGCGGCACGAUGACAUCAUGCGGGUGCCAUGGAAACGACAUACCCACAAACACCACUCAACUCCGGAGAAGCACAACAACACACAGAAAAAGGUGAGUUUCUCCCCGGUGGUGGAGGUGCACGUGAUGCGCACGUGGUCGUUUGCCAUGCAGGCGAAUCGCAAAGGACCGUGGGAGGAAGCGGCGCGGGACCGUGAGCGCUUCCGCAGACGCAUCGACGACACAGAGCGGGCCAUCGGUCAUUGCUUUAGCCCCGCCCACAGGGAAAGGCUGCGCGUGUAUGCGGACGCCGCCUCCAGCGCCUUGCAAUGAUGAACGGUUUUACUUCCUGUUUGGACGGAGGAGGGCGUGCGAUUGGUUGAUUGGUUGCAAUGCAACGGCGAUUUGAUUAGUGUAACUUCAUACCACAACGGGUUUUUUUUCUUUGUCACGUGACUGCUGCACUGACUGACACUUUGUCUUCAAACCUCAACAUUUUGCGUGCAAUGCUGUUGUUAUUUGCCUUACUUUUGGACCUACUUGUGCUUUUGUGUCGUGUUUUUAAACGAUGAAUGUAGCAGCUCAGCUAGAUCAGAAGGAAAAGAAGAGCUUUACUGUUUGUUUUUUUUUAAGAACUACUUAAGGUCUGGUGCAAUUCUUGUGUUUAUUGUUGAGAUAUUAUUCUUGAUGCCUUCUCUAUUUUCUAAACACAGCCCAAACACCAUAGAAGCAUUUUAGCACUGUGUGUAAUGAUAGUUUUUUAUUAACAUGAUGACUGAAAACAUUGUCUAAUUAAAACAAAUCAUUCAACAUUUGCGAGUUUUUUUUGUUUUUUUGUAUAAAUAUAAUA